AUGACGGAACUAGAUCAUUUCCUUUCCUCAAUUAAAGAGACGAUGGAAAAUAUACCUGAUGAAAUACUUGAGUAUAUAUUUCAUUAUAUUAGCACAUAUGAGCUGUGUACCGUCGUCUCGGAGGUUUGUAAGCAAUGGCAGCUUAUUAUAAUGCAUCAAGUGAUGAGCGUGAAGGAUGCUGACCAGUUGAGGAUGUUCCAUGUGGGUCUAAGGGCAGUGAUAGUGACAGAGCGAGUGUGGAAUCUUUGUGCAGCAUCUAGAGUGAUUACUUGUGCAACACAGAUGAUUCCAAGAUUACAAGAACUUACUAUUUGUAGCAAUUUUCCUUUAGAUGAAGAAGAUUACAAAAGUUUAAUGUAUAUCCCACAUUUAAAACACUUGGAUGUCUUCUCGAAAAGAAAAUGUAUGGAUAAAAAUAUAAAUAUAAAUGCAAGUAUUACUAUUCUGGUUGUGAAUGAAGCAAUGGCAAGUGGAUUCUUGAAAAACUUAAACAAAUCAAACAAACUGAUGGCAUUCCACAUGUAUGGCCGAGCUCGGUAUUACAUAGUUAGGCAAAUGGUGGAUUUCCUUCAAAUUCAAUCUGGAAACUUGCAGGAUCUUACAUUGAGAUGUCAAGAGUUUGGUGAUGAGAAGUUCAAAACCAUAAGCCAAUGCGUCAGGUUAGUUUCCCUGCAACUGCACCAAUGCUCGUUAGUGACCAAACGCAGCAUUGCGUAUGUCGCGAGUCUGCCCAAGCUACGGCGCCUGCACCUCACUGGGGCGAGAUUGCUUCGUAGCUCGGGUAUUCUCGAGCUGAUCAACUGUUUGCAUCCUCUGAUCGAAGACUUGAAUCUAAGUUAUUCAGAUUUCGGUGACGAGCACUGUACGGCCCUGGCGCUCCGGCUGCCGCGUCUCACCACGCUCGAGCUGUGGCGCUGUGGCGCGGGGCGGGGCGGCGCGGGGCUGGGGAGUGUAGGGCUGUGCGGCGCCGCGCUGCUGCGGCUAGUGCAGGAGGCGCGGCGCAUGCGCGCGCUGGACACGGACGUGCACUUCGACGCGCUGCAGCUGCAGGCGCUGGGCGACCAUUCCGCGUUGGGAAAGCUACGGUGCCGGUGGGACGGACCGAACCCUCUGGUGGGAUCAAAACUGAAGAUGACAUCAGCACUGAAAGUUUACUCUAAAGAGUAUCUCCGAGGGGACGGCGAGGGACCAUCGGCCGAGCUGUACUAUUAUUGGACUCGUGGAGUAGAUCUUAUAUCAUUGUUCGAAGGUGACCAGACUCCCCGAACGACUGAU